GGCAGACGAGCCUGCGCGAUCGCACACGCGCGCUGGCUCAAGCCAGCAGGCGGCCGCACGCGUGCUCUCGGCCGUGCGCCCCCGUGCGCACGCACCGUCACAGGCGCUCUCGGUGGAGUGGUGGAGGGAGCCGUGGUGCCCGGCGCGUCCCCACUACCCCAGCCGCGCGGCGAACCUAAUCCCUCCACCUCGCAGCCUCGAUCGAUCGCGCGCCCGCACCACGGCAGACAGCCGGCGGGCCGACGGUGCGCGGCGGGGCGAGGCGGCAGCCACGGCCACCGCGUACGUGCGCGGCCGCGGGCUGCGCCGCUUGUAAAGGAGGGCGUAUGAAUGAAUCAUGGCGUGGAAGGCGGAGGCGCCGGCGGCCGGACAUGCAUGAUGGACGGCCCCGGCGCGUGGUGCGCUUUCUGCCUCGUUGUCCGGCGGCCGGCGCGCUCGAUCGUGCAGGGUAUAGCACCGGGGGAAAGUCGACGUUGACGCCAAGGGUUCCACGUUUGCGGGCGAGGAGCGCUACACGUACAUGCGAACAUUUCAAUUUUUUUUACUUUUUGAAACGAAGGCAUUCGCUUUCGUUUUCUUUUCUUUUUUUUUUUCGAAGAACAUGAUCCGGGUCAGACAGAUCGGAUAUAUGCUUUGCUUGCACUAGUGGCGCAACAGAUUUAGGUUCAGAGCUGUCAUGUCCAUUUUACAAAGAGAAAGUUCAAAAAGGAAUAAUAAGUGUGUACUACUACAUUGUCUACAGUGUUUAGGUUGAUGCCAUCUGGCUCUUUAUUUGAACCGAACGCCUCGCAGGGACUGGCGCUCACGGCUCACUCCACUCCCCCCACGCUCGAAGCUCACGAUGCUCCCCAUGCAGAAACCGCUCCUUGUUCUCCUCCAGCUCGUCCUCGUCGCCUCCACAUCUGCCCUUGCCUCCAGCGCCGGCGCCGGCGCCGGCGCGGCGACCUACAUUGUGUACCUGAACCCCGCGCUCAAGCCGUCCCCCUACGCCACGCACCUCCACUGGCACCACGCCCACCUCGACGCGCUCUCCCUGGACCCGUCGCGCCACCUCCUCUACUCGUACACCACGGCCGCGCCGUCCGCGUUCGCCGCCCGCCUCCUCCCGUCCCACGUCGCGGCGCUCCGAGCCCACCCCGCCGUCGCGUCGGUGCACGAGGACGUGCUCCUCCCGCUUCACACCACGCGCUCGCCUUCCUUCCUCCACCUCCCGCCCUACGAUGCGCCCGAGGCGAACGGUGGCGGCCCGGACGUCAUCAUCGGGGUGCUCGAUACGGGCGUCUGGCCCGAGAGCCCCAGCUUCGGGGAUGCCGGUCUGGGCCCCGUGCCGGCGCGGUGGCGCGGGAGCUGCGAGACCAAUGCCACCGACUUCCCGUCGUCGAUGUGCAACCGGAAGCUCAUCGGCGCCCGCGCCUUCUUCCGUGGCUACUCGUCGGGCGGCGGGAACGGUUCUCGCGUCAGCUCCGACCUCAUGUCGCCGAGAGACCAUGACGGGCACGGCACGCACACCGCGACCACCGCGGCGGGGGCCGUCGUGGCGGACGCGAGCCUCCUCGGGUACGCGUCGGGCACGGCGCGGGGCAUGGCUCCCGGGGCGCGCGUCGCGGCGUACAAGGUGUGCUGGAGGCAGGGGUGCUUCAGCUCCGACAUUCUGGCGGGCAUGGAGAAGGCCAUCGAUGACGGCGUCGAUGUGCUCUCGCUGUCUCUGGGCGGCGGCUCGAUGCCGCUCUCGCGCGACCCCAUCGCCGUCGGCGCGCUUGCGGCCACCCGCCGCGGCAUCAUCGUCUCGUGCUCUGCCGGGAACAGCGGGCCGUCGCCGUCGUCCCUGGUAAACACCGCCCCGUGGAUAAUCACGGUCGGCGCCGGAACGCUGGACCGGAACUUCCCGGCGUACGCCGCGCUCGGCAACGGCGAGACCCACGCCGGCAUGUCGCUCUACGCCGGCGACGGGCUCGGCGACGGCAAGUUUCCUCUAGUGUACAACAAGGGCAUUCGCGCCGGCAGCAACGCGAGCAAGCUCUGCAUGGAGGGCACGCUGAACGCCGCGGAGGUGAAGGGCAAGGUGGUGCUGUGCGACCGGGGCGCCAACUCGAGGGUGGAGAAGGGGCAGGUAGUGAAGCAGGCCGGCGGCGUGGGGAUGGUGCUCGCGAACACUGCCCAGAGCGGCGAGGAGGUCGUGGCGGACAGCCACCUGCUCCCGGCGGUGGCCGUCGGCGCCAAGGGCGGCGACGCCAUAAGGAGGUACGUGGAGUCGGACGCCAACGCGGAGGUGUCGCUCUCCUUCGCCGGCACCGCGCUCGACGUGCGCCCGGCGCCGGUGGUGGCCGCGUUCAGCUCCCGCGGGCCGAACAGGGUUGUGCCGCAGCUGCUCAAGCCGGACGUGAUCGGCCCCGGUGUGAACAUCCUGGCCGGGUGGACAGGGUCCCUCGGGCCGACCGGGCUGGUCGCCGACGAGCGGCGGUCGGCGUUUAACAUCCUGUCAGGGACGUCCAUGUCGUGCCCGCACAUCAGCGGCCUGGCGGCGUUCGUGAAGGCGGCGCACCCGGACUGGAGCCCCAGCGCCGUCAAGUCGGCGCUCAUGACCACCGCCUACACCGCGGACAACACCGGCUCGCCCCUCCUCGACGCGGCGACCAACGCCACGGCCACGCCGUGGGCCUUCGGCGCCGGCCAUGUGGACCCCGUCAGGGCGCUCUCCCCGGGCCUCGUCUACGACGCCUCCGUCGACGACUACGUCGCCUUCCUCUGCACCGUCGGCGUCUCGCCGCGGCAGGUCCAGGCGAUCGCGGCGGCGGGGCCCAACGUGACGUGCGCGCGGAAGCUGUCCAGCCCCGGGGACCUCAACUACCCGUCCUUCUCCGUCGUGUUCGGGCGGAGGUCGUCGCGCAGCACGGUGAAGUACCGGCGCGAGCUGACCAACGUCGGCGACGCCGGGGCUACGUACGCCGUCAAGGUCGCCGGCCCCAGCGACAUCAGCGUGAGCGUCAAGCCGGCGAGGCUCCAGUUCAGGCGGCCUGGGGACAAGCUCAGGUACACCGUCACGUUUAGGUCCGCGAACGCCAGGGGGCCCAUGGACCCCGCCGCGUUUGGGUGGCUGACGUGGAGCAGCGACGAGCACGAGGUCCGGAGCCCCAUAUCGUAUACCUGGGGGAUGUAGCAGCGCUGAUCGCUAUGGACUCACGGAGACAGUAUUUGAAUUGUUGGGCGGGCCGGCGGCGGUGAUGGCGGGAGGAUUGCCGGUGGCCGGAAGAGUUCUGUCUUCCGGCGAAGCUCGGCGCCUAUGGAGGCUACAUUAUUAUUAAUUUGUUGUGUCAGCCGCAGCCCAUCAAGUUAUUGGUAUAUCUGUUAAUCGAAAAAUAAGGGAGAUGUGCUAAUUCUCAAAUGCCUGUUUUUUCUUUUUUUUUCAAGCAACCAAUCUAAACCAUUGGAUGCCAAUAUGAUGGUUCAUAGUCCAUCUACAACCUCCUGUUAGCUUUAGAACCUGUUUGGAUGAGCUAAAUUGGAUGCUAAAGUUUGUUAACUUUAGCACCUAUAUAUUACCACUCAUACUCUAUGCUAAAGUUUUUAAAUCAUUAGCCUA